AUGCGUAUCUCCUCUCUCUGCACCGCGUUGAUCGCGGUGACUGGCGUUGCUGCGGUCAAGGUCAACCCGUUGCCGGCGCCGCGUGACAUCAGCUGGGGUUCGUCUGGACCCAAACAUCUCGCCCGCACUCUGACCCUCCGCACAAAAGACGACACCCAGGAUAACAUCCUUUCCAAUGCCUGGGAUCGCACCUGGAAGACCAUCUCCGAGUUGAAAUGGGUUCCCGCCGCCGUCGAAGCUCCCAUCUCGUCCUUUGCGCCCUUCCCGACCAGCACCCCCAGCAGCUCCGCCCACAAGGACAAACGCAAUAACGCCCCGUCCCUUCGGUAUGUUGAUGUGGUCGUCGAGGAUAAAAAGGCGGAUCUCCAACACGGGGCCAAUGAGUCCUAUUCGCUGGUCGUUUGCGAGGACAAGGACAGCAUCGCCAUCAAGGCGCAUACCGUCUGGGGUGUCUUGCAUGCGUUCACCACCCUGCAGCAGCUGGUCAUCUCCGACGGCGACAAGGGGCUUCUCAUCGAGCAACCCGUGAACAUCCAGGAUGCACCGCUCUACCCGUACCGCGGCAUCAUGGUGGACACGGCGCGCAACUUCAUCUCCGUGCCCAAGAUCCUCGAGCAGUUGGAUGGCAUGUCCCUGUCCAAGCUCAAUGUGCUGCACUGGCAUCUGGACGACGCACAGUCCUGGCCUGUCCAGGUCGACAAGUACCCCGAGAUGACCAAGGACGCCUAUUCGCCGCGUGAGAUCUAUAGCCAUGCCGACGUGCGCAAGAUCGUCAAGUACGCGCGCGCCCGCGGCAUCCGCGUCAUCCCCGAAGUCGACAUGCCCAGUCACUCGGCCGCUGGCUGGCAGCAGGUUGACCCGGAAAUGGUGACGUGCACGGACUCAUGGUGGUCCAACGACGUGUGGGAGCUGCACACGGCCGUGGAACCCAACCCGGGCCAGCUGGACAUCAUCUACCCCAAGACGUACGAGGUGGUGCGCGACGUCUACCAGGAGCUCUCCGACCUCUUCCCUGACCACUGGUUCCACGUCGGCGCCGACGAGAUCCAGCCCAACUGCUUCAACUUCAGCAGCCACGUGACGAAGUGGUUCGCCGAGGAUGCCUCGCGUACCUACAACGACCUGGCCCAGUACUGGGUCGACCACGCCGUGCCCAUCUUCCGCAACUACAGCGCGGACCGCCGGCUCGUCAUGUGGGAGGACAUCACGCUGUCGGCCGAGCACGCGCACAAUGUCCCCAAGGACAUCGUCAUGCAGAGCUGGAACAACGGCCUCGAGUACAUCUCCAACCUGACGGCGCGCGGCUACGACGUCAUCGUCUCCUCCUCCGACUUCAUGUAUCUCGAUUGCGGUAAGGGCGGCUUCGUCACCAACGACGCGCGCUACAACGUCAUGUCGAACCCGGGCACGGCGGAUGUCCCCAACUUCAACUACGGUGGCAACGGCGGGUCGUGGUGCGGCCCCUACAAAACCUGGCAGCGCAUCUACGACUAUGACUUCACGCUGAACCUGACCUCGGCGCAAGCCAAGCACAUCAUCGGUGCCACGGCCCCGCUCUGGAGCGAGCAGGUCGACGACGUGACGGUGUCCAGCCAAUUCUGGCCGCGCGCCGCGGCGCUGGCCGAGCUGGUGUGGUCGGGCAACCGGGACGCCAAGGGCAAGAAGCGCACGACGGAGAUGACGCAGCGGAUUCUGAACUUCCGAGAGUACCUGGUUGCCAACGGGGUGAUGGCCACGGCGUUGGUGCCGAAGUAUUGUCUGCAGCACCCGCAUGCUUGUGAUCUGAACCAGAACCAGACGGCGAUUCAGUAG